GGUGGUAGGUGAAGAAUGGUGAGAGGCACAAGAGCACUCCACGCUCUUCCUCUCUUCUCCCUAUAACACUCUCUCUGCUCCCACACUCCCUCUUCUUCCCCACACUCUCUCUUUCUUAAGCUCACAAUUUCAUUUCCAUAACCAAAAUAAAACCUCAUUAAAAAAAAAAAUACAAAAAACAAUGAGAACUCUCUUACCUUCUUCUCCGGCGACUGUAACAACAACACCACAAACUCGGAGACGACGACGCUUCUUCAUACAUUCCUCCGCUAAGAGAUCUGACUCUUUCGCCAAUGGUUCAAGAAGCUCCGAUUGGCAAAGCUCCUGCGCUAUUCUCUCCAGCAAAGUCAAUUCUCAACAACAAUCCGAAUCCCUAAUCCCCGCCGUCAACGGUUACAACAACCCAAACGACUCCAAUUUGAAUCUUGUUCCCUUCGAUAACAACAACAACAACAACAACAAAUCGAUUCAAUCGAAGUCGAAGCCUCUUAGUAUUACAGAUCUAUCCCCAGCUCCGAUGCACGGAUCUAACCUCAGAGUCGCUUAUCAAGGUGUUCCCGGAGCUUACUCCGAAGCCGCCGCUGGUAAAGCUUACCCUAACUGUCAACCCAUCCCUUGCGAUCAAUUCGAAGUCGCGUUUCAAGCCGUUGAGCUUUGGAUCGCCGAUCGCGCCGUUUUACCUGUCGAAAACUCCCUCGGCGGCUCGAUUCAUCGGAACUACGAUCUUCUCCUCCGUCACCGUCUUCAUAUCGUCGGCGAAGUUCAGUUCCCCGUUCAUCACUGUCUCUUGGCUCUUCCCGGUGUACGGAAAGAGUUCCUCACCCGCGUCAUCUCUCACCCUCAAGGACUCGCUCAGUGCGAGCACACGCUGACCAAACUCGGUCUCAACGUCGCGCGAGAAGCCGUCGACGAUACCGCCGGCGCCGCGGAGUUUAUCGCCGCAAACAACGUACGUGACACGGCCGCGAUCGCAAGCGCACGCGCGGCGGAGAUCUACGGGUUGGAGAUUUUGGAAGACGGGAUCCAAGACGACGCGAGUAACGUCACGCGCUUUGUGAUGUUGGCGCGUGAGCCAAUCAUACCGAGAACUGAUCGGCCGUUUAAGACGAGUAUAGUGUUCGCUCACGAGAAAGGCACGUGCGUUUUGUUCAAGGUUCUCUCGGCCUUUGCGUUUAGGAACAUUAGUUUGACCAAGAUUGAGUCUAGGCCCAACCAUAAUGUUCCGAUUAGGCUAGUCGACGAGGCCAACGUUGGCACGGCUAAGCAUUUCGAGUACAUGUUUUAUAUCGAUUUCGAGGCUUCCAUGGCCGAGGCACGUGCUCAGAAUGCUCUUGCUGAGGUUCAGGAGUUUACAUCGUUCUUACGUGUUUUAGGGAGUUAUCCCAUGGAUAUGACUUCUUGGUCACCAUCAUCGUCUUCGUCGUCAUCAACAUUUUCAUUGUGACACUACUAAGAUCAAAACCAAAGUGAUGAUGAUUCUAUUGGGAAUGUAAAUUUGAAGAUGAAAAUUAUAAACUUGUUUUGAAGAAAAAUAAAUUAUGUAGUUCUCCGGUGGCAAUCUUGUGUUUUUUUCACUACUGUAUGCAUUAUUAUACUCAUGAGUUUCGUUUGAUCGUAUUAUUUUUUUUUUAAAUAAAAGUUUUGAGCUGA